AUGAAUACCCUUGUUUUCGGUGACCAAACAGCAGACCAAUAUCCGCUCCUGCGGAAGGUCACCACCCGGAAGGACAAUGCUCUCCUCGCUACUUUCCUCGAGCGAGCUGCGGUAGCUCUUCGAGAGGAAAUCCAGCGGCUUCCACGUAGUCAACGUGAGGAAUUUCCCGAUUUUCUCACAAUGAACCAGCUAGUGGAAGCAUACUACGAGAAGGGUGUGCGACUUCCUCAGAUUGAGAGUUGUUUCGUUACCGUUGCUCAACUUGCGCAUUUCAUCGGUUAUUACGGAGAGAACCCGUCUGAACUGCCUAAUGCCUCGAACACCCGAAUCCUAGGUCUCUGUACAGGUCUCCUGGCUGGAUCGGCUGUUGCUUGCUCGCGUUCACUCUCCGAUCUUUUGCCGCUAUCAGUUCAAGUCUUGCGAAUUUCCUUCCGCGUUGGCACCCUGGUUGCGGUUGCGAAAUCCGCUUUGACAGACUCCAAUGAAAGCUGGUCCACGAUCGUGACUGGCACAAGCCACGAAACCGCUCAAAAAGCCUUGGAUAAAUUCCAUGCCGAGAACAGCAUACCAAACUCCAGCCGAGCGUACAUAUCGGCGAUCAGUGUCAUGGCCUUGACUAUAAGCGGACCGCCUGCGACAACCCAGCGAAUCUUCAAAGAAUCUGAGGCUUUGAACAAAAACCAUCGAGUUGGAAUCCCUAUUUUCGCACCGUAUCAUGCACCGCACCUCUACAGUGAUGCAGAACGAGCGAAUAUCCUUGGAACUGACUCCUUUCAGCUCAAGCAGUUCAUCCCAAACUGCUUGAUCCACUCUGCUGCCACUGGAAAAUGUCAUUCAGCGGCCAAUGCCCUUGAGCUGGUUCAUAUUGCGUUGGAAGAGAUUCUUCAGAAGCCAGUUCGAUGGGACUACCUUCUCGAGGACAUGGUUUCUCAAAUUACAAUGUUCCCUAAGUCAGAAGCGACCAUCCAUGCCAUUGGCAUCACCAAUAUCGCCAACAGCUUGCUCUCGGGCUUGAAAGCUGGUGGACAAACCCACGUUUCCGUCCGAGACCACGCUUCCUGGGUAGAGAACGACAAGCACACCGGGCGCACACAGAACGACAAGAUUGCCAUUGUCGGCAUGUCGGGUCGUUUUCCCAAUGCUGCGGAUCACGAAGCGCUCUGGGAUCUUUUGAUGAAAGGAUUGGAUGUUCAUCGAGAGAUUCCUAAAGAUCGAUUUGAUGCCAAGGCUCACUGCGACCCGUCUGGCAAAGGGAAGAACAAAUCGCAUACACCUUACGGCUGUUUUAUUGAUGAACCUGGUCUUUUUGACCCUCGUUUCUUCAACAUGUCUCCCCGCGAGGCAGCGCAGACAGACCCUAUGGGUCGGUUGGCUUUGGUCACCGCCUAUGAGGCCCUCGAGAUGUCGGGAUGUGUUCCUAACCGAACGCCAUCGACGAAGCUACACCGGAUUGGCACGUUUUAUGGUCAAACAAGUGAUGACUGGCGUGAAAUUAACGCGGCCGAAAAUGUCGACACCUACUUUAUCACGGGCGGGGUGCGAGCAUUCGCCACAGGGCGAAUCAACUACUAUUUCAAGUUCAGCGGUCCGUCAUUUUCCAUUGACACCGCAUGCUCUUCCAGCUUGGCCGCUAUUCAACUCGCCUGUACUUCGCUCUGGGCUGGGGACUGUGAUACUGCAUGUGCUGGCGGUCUGAAUGUCCUUACCAAUCCGGACAUUUUCGCCGGCCUUUCCAAGGGUCAGUUCCUGUCCAAGACAGGGUCCUGCAAAACGUACGACAACGAUGCAGAUGGCUAUUGCCGUGGAGAUGGCUGCGGGACCGUCAUUCUCAAGCGAUACGAGGAUGCUAUCGCCGACAACGACAACAUCCUUGGAUGCAUCCUCGGUGCUUCGACGAACCACUCUGCUGAGGCUAUCUCGAUCACCCAUCCUCACGCUGGUGCGCAGGAGUUCUUGUAUAAGAAGGUCCUUGCCGAAGCUGGCGUUGAUCCGCAUGACAUCUCUUAUGUGGAGAUGCACGGCACCGGAACUCAAGCUGGUGACGGAAUUGAGAUGACUUCUGUUACCAAUUCCUUCGCCCCAUGCCACCGCCGGAGACGUCCGGAACAAACUCUGCAUCUCGGCGCGAUCAAGGCGAACGUUGGCCAUGCUGAGGCUGCAUCGGGGAUCAAUUCGUUGAUCAAGGUUAUGCUAAUGAUGCAAAAGAACGCCAUCCCGGCCAAUGUGGGAAUCAAGGGUGAAAUCAACAAGACCUUCCCCAAAGACCUCUCCGAACGGAAUGUCCACAUCUCACAAUCAAAGGUUGCCUGGCCACGCAAAGGCGCAGAGAAGCGUCGGGCGUUCCUGAACAACUUCAGUGCAGCGGGUGGUAACACUGCCAUUGUACUCGAAGAUGGCCCCCUUCGCGAGGCUCCAAAGGGCGUGGAUCCCCGAGGCACACAUCUCAUCUCAGUUUCUGCUCGAUCUAUUGCAUCAUUGAAGAGGAAUCUCAACAAUUUGAUGAAUUGGCUCCGCGAGAACCCUAGUACGACUCUACCUAGCCUUGCUUACACCACUACUGCUCGCCGCAUUCAGCACAACUACCGCAUUGCAUUCACCGCGUCCGAUAUGAGCCAAGUUAGCGAAGGUCUCGGGGGCCAACUCAAAGACACGUACAGCCCGAUCGCCAUGGUACCGACCGAAGUUGCUUUCACCUUCACUGGUCAGGGUUCUCAAUAUACUGCCCUCGCGAAGAAGCUGUUUGAGGAACUCAGUUCCUUCCGUGCGGACAUUGAACAACUUGACAAGCUUGCUCGCAUUCAGGGUCUGCCCUCUUUCAUACCUAUACUCGACGGUACGGAUGUCGCGACACUGUCCCCAGUGGUGGUCCAAUUGGGCCUUGCUUGUAUACAAGUUGCCCUGGCUCGCAUGUGGGCUUCUUGGGGCGUCAAGCCUGUUGCUGUUAUUGGCCACAGCCUCGGCGAAUAUGCCGCGCUCCACGUCGCCGGUGUACUCUCAGCUAGCGACAUGAUCCUGCUUGUUGGGCGUCGUGCCGAGAUUUUGGUCGCCAACUGUACCGAAUAUACUCAUGGAAUGCUUGCUGUGAAGGCAAGUGUUGAGACUCUUUCGUCAGUCCUGGGUUCGAAGAUGACCGAAGUCGCCUGUGUCAACAGCCCCGAGGAGACCGUUCUGUGCGGUAGCACGGACGUCAUUGCCUCAACCGCUGAUAUUGUUGCUGCUCAAGGGUUCAAGGCGACGAAGCUUAACGUUCCUUUCGCUUUCCACUCCGCGCAAGUCGGCCCAAUCAUGGAUUCGUUCAAGUCUGCUGCCGCCUCCGUCGUCUUUAACAAACCUUCUGUACCCGUGCUGUCUCCUCUCACCGGUGAGGUGAUUAGGGAGCAAGGGGUCAUUGGGCCAAACUAUCUUGCACGCCAUGCUCGUGAGACUGUCAAUUUCUGGACUGCUCUCACUGCCGGGCAAGAGAGCAAGGCCUUCAACGAGAAAACCACCUGGCUUGAAAUUGGUGCACACCCGGUUACCUCUGCUAUGGUUAAAUCGUCCUUGCUCAGCCCCCCAACCACUGCAUAUUCAUUGCGCCGCAAUGAGGACCCUUGGAAGAGUCUCACCAGCAAUAUCUCCACGUUGUACCUUGCUGGUGUGGCUUUUGACUUCAAUGAGUAUCACCGCGAGUUCAAUGACGCCCAUGAGCUAUAUGUUCUCCCAACCUACUCGUUCGAUAACAAGACCUACUGGCUCGACUAUCAUCACAACUGGACUCUCACUAAAGGCGAAGCGCCUUUCGUGCCAGCUCAGCAAAUUGAGGCUCCGAAGGUCGAGCAAAAACCGAAGCUCUCUACCACAUCACUUCAAAAGAUUGUCAAUGAGGAAUUCCACGCCAACUCGGGGACUGUCAUUUUCCAGUCUGACAUGCACGAACCCACAUUCAAGAAAGCCGUGGAGGGUCAUAUCAUCAAUGGCGUUCCCCUUUGCCCGUCAUCCAUCUAUGCUGACAUGGCAUUCACCGCUGCGGACUACUUGUACAAGCAGCUUCGACCCGGUGCUUCUGAUGUUGGACUCAACUGCUGCUCUAUGGAAGUCCACAAACCGCUUAUGCCAUUGGAUCCCGUACCUGAUGCGGGCCAACAUCUUCAACUUGUGGCUAAAGCUGACCUGGAGGUUGGCGAGGUCCAUUUGACCUACCGCAGCACUGAUGCCAAUGGCAAACUCAUAUUGGAACAUGGUCAUGGUCUUGUGAAGUACGAAAACAAGGAAACGUGGCGUGAAGAAUGGCUCCGCGUACAGUUCAUGGUCCAGACUCAGAUCGACCUCCUCAAAUCGAAACUUGCGUCCGGAAAUGCCCAUAAGAUUCUUCGUGGCAUGGCCUAUAAACUAUUUGCAUCGAUGUGCAAAUACGAGAAACCAUAUCAAGGCAUGGAAGAAGUCAUCCUUGAUGCGCACAACACCGAGGCAACCGCCAAGGUCCGAUUCCAGAACACGAAAGAGGAUGGAGACUUCUUCUGUGCACCUUUCUGGAUUGACUCUCUCUGCCAUCUCUCUGGCUUCAUCGUGAACGGUUCCGACCUCUGCAACCCAGAUAGCGGCUUCAUCUCUCACGGUUGGAGCAACAUGCGAUUCAGUAAGCCUUUUUCCCUUGAUGGUGUCUACCAGUCGUACGUCCGCCUGCUUCCUGGACCCCGGAAGACCAUGGUCGGGGACGUCUAUAUUCUGGAGGGCGAUGAAAUCAUUGCUGUGACCACCGGACUCAAAUUCCAAGAGAUUCCUCGAAAGGCGCUGGCUAUCAUGCUGCCAUCAAAAGAGGCUGUUAGGAAGAUGAUGACUCAAGGCGGUGGAUCGGUGCCUGCCAAAUCUGCUCCCGCUACCGAAAAAGCACCCGUGAAGACUCUAUCUGCAUCCGUCAGAGCUAUACCCGCACCAAGGCCCAAGGUCGAAAACAAAGUCGCGCAGAAGAGGCCUUCCGGUGGCAACACUAUUACAGCUCGUGUCAUGAAGAUUAUUGCCGCGGAGACGGACGUUGACAUGUCGGAACUUGUUGAUGAAGCUGCUUUCGAUAACCUUGGUGUGGACUCCUUGAUGUCCCUCACCAUCUCUGCCAAGUUUAGGGAGGACCUCGAUCUCGAGAUCAGCUCAGCCCUCUUCACUGACUACCCCACCGUUGGUGCCAUGAAGAAGUUCUUCGGCCAGUACGAUGGUGAUGCUCCCCUCAUCGAAUCCGACGACUCAGAUAUCUCUGAACAGGAUGCCAUUACACCAUUCGAAGGCGAGGGCGAUGGAACCAGUACUCCAGCCAGUUCCGCUCCCAGCUUUGAGGCAACAGCAAAGUCUGCUGUGGAAGUGUCUGUCAUUAGGACGCACGAGGUCUCAAACGGAGCUCCCAGCAUUGCGCGCCAGACAGUUGCGGAAGAAAUGGGUGUCACCGUUUCGGAGAUAACCGAUACUGCCGACCUCGCUGAGCUGGGCAUGGAUUCUCUCAUGAGCUUGACUAUCCUCGGCUCUCUUCGUGAGAAGACGGGUGUCGAUCUUCCAUCAACCUUCCUCACCACUAAUCCCACCAUUGAGGACAUCGAGAACGCGCUUGGGAUGCGGCCGAAACCGAAGGGGACUAUCAAAAUGCAAGCCAAAGUUGAAGCCAAGCCUCCGAAUGCUGCACCCACCUCUCCCCAGCUAGCUGAGGUGAACCGUAAAUUGCACGCCAAUUCCUACGAUGUGUCGAAAUUCCCUCCCGCUACUUCUGUCCUCCUCCAAGGUAACGCCAAGAUUGCAACUAAGAAGCUCUUCCUCUUCCCUGACGGCUCGGGGUCUGCAACGUCGUACAUCAGUAUCCCGAACAUCUCUCCCGAUGUCGCUGUCUUUGGCCUCAACUGUCCCUUCAUGAAAACCCCAGCUCAGUUCACCUGCGGAAUUGAGGGCGUGUCAGCCAUAUAUCUUGCGGAGGUGCGUCGCCGCCAACCCAGUGGCCCUUACUUUAUCGGCGGCUGGUCUGCCGGGGGCGUGGUUGCGUACGAGGUCGCCCUGCAACUGAUGGCGGCGGGCGAGAAGGUAGAGCGCCUAAUACUACUUGAUUCGCCUUGUCCAGUCAAACUCGAGCCUCUUCCCGCACGCUUGCAUCAUUUCUUCGAGAGCAUUGGACUGCUGGGAACCGGCAAAGCAGGUGGCACUCCAGGCUGGCUACUACCGCACUUUGAAUCUUGUAUCAAGGCACUGUCAGCUUAUGAACCGGCGCCGAUGCCGAAAGGAAUCGCGCCGUCUACCCUUGCCAUCUGGGCUACUGAUGGAGUGUGUGGGAAGCCUGGUGAUCCAAGACCACCGCCGGCCGAGGGAGAGGAUCCCAAACCGAUGAAGUGGUUACUGGACAAUCGAACUGAUUUUGGUGACAAUGGAUGGGCACAACUAUUGGGCGAUGAGGCCUUAACUUUCCGGGUGAUGGGAGGAAACCACUUCACGAUGAUGCGAGAUGAGCAUGGCAACACCCUUUGCAAGCUAAUCAAAGAAGGAAUGGGCCUGACAGACUAA